AUGGAUGUUAGCUUAUUUUUUGGACUCCCUAUUGAUAUAAGACGACAGGUUUACUAUCAUUUGGAUGGCAAUUUUUGUAAAAUAGCUCCAGCACCGGUUCAACAUCUGUAUGUCGAUGAAGUAAUCCAGUUGAGCCCUAAGACCGAGGCGAGAAGUAAAAGACAGGAGCUGUUAUUCAAGAGAUAUUAUGAGCUAUUCUCACCAUACCUCAAUAUAUUUGAUUACUCGCCCUCGUUGUUCGACCAAUGGCUAGAGUACUCGCUGUGGCUGAGGUACGAUGCAAUCGUAUUGGAUUGCAUGAGAAUAAAUCACAGUUAUGGAGGAUCACUAAUUGGUCAUCUAGAUUGGAUUUACCUGGAUGAUAGGCCUCGCUUGGCAUAUUUCAAAAAUUGUAUGUUGAUGGUAUGGUAUACAUUACGAGAAUAUGCACGAUGGAUUAUCAAAGAGGAGAUAGACGAUGAGGAAGCAGAUAAUUUGAAUCUCUUUGGACUCAAUUUGGAGUACCUGAAUCUCGAUAUGGUCAAGAAGAUUCUUAAUUCGAUGAAAUUCAACGAUUAUGUUAUGCUGUUAAGCGAGGUGUUCUUCGAUCAGGAAGAUGAAGACGAAUCGGAUCUGGGAGAAGAUAAGAUGGACAUCGAUGAGAUGUCUUACCCUAUGAAUGAUUUGAAAGGAAUUGAAGUGAUUAAAGAUUUAGAUACUAUGAAGAAUCUUGCCAAGAUUUCAGUGAGAGGUGCGCCUCUGUUUGAAGCGCUGAUAAACUUCCAUGGUGUAAGAGAUAAUCCCGGCAAAACGAUCAGUUAUAUGGUCAAGAAAAGAAUAAUGCAAUUGGAACUCUGGCAAAUCUCGGAUCCCUCAAAAACAGGACUUGCGGACUUCACUAGAUGGGAAAAUUUGAGAGACUUGAGACUGAUCAAAGUGAGAUCAGUUGACCUUAACAAAUUUGUGCUACCGAAAUUGUGUCAAAUACUAAUUUUAAAGCAAGUUACUGUCAUGAGAUGGUGGGAUGUGGAGUCUAAGAUAAAUGAAUUAAUUGAAGGUAAAACUACAAUUACAAAGCUCAAUGAUUUUACAAAUGAGAGACGUCUGGAUCAAAAAACAAUGGAUCCCAGUGAAAUAAUGCAAUGUCGAUCCAUCGUAUGGCAAAGUCUCAAAAAUCUCAACUUUCUGAAAUUACAAAAUGUGUCAGAAAUCUAUGGAGGAAAAAUUGUGGUACCCAAUGCUCUGUAUAAUAAUAGUAGGAUCCAAAUUUUCCCUUCAACGUCUAUGGUAAAUGAGAUUAUCAUUGUUUGA